ACAGACAGACAGACAGACAGACAGACAGACAGACAGACAGACAGACAGACAGACAGAGAGACAGACAGACAGACAGACAGACACCAUGUCUCCCUCCCAGUCCUCCCUACUGCUGCUGCUGAUGGUCUCCUGCUCCUGGGCCUCCCACUUCUUAGGAGGAACCAUGACCUUCAACCCCAGAGGGACCAACCCAGAUGGGACCUACAGGGUGGACCUUCGUUACAAGACAGCCUUCCACUAUUCCAUCUGUCUUUCUGAUACCUGGUGGUGUGUCAGUGGGGACUGUGGGAAUGAGACCAGUCUAGUGGUUAAGGGAGUGGACCAGGGGAUAUCUGAGGACUGGUGUCAGACAGAAGGAGUCAUGACUAGACACGUCUCCAUUAACACACAGACUUUUGAUCUGCGAUUGGAUAGCUGUUGCUGGAUAGACAAUGAUAAUGAUGUUUAUUUUUGGAGGCUGUUGACUCAUGUGGAUCUUGGGGUCAGGUCUGACACGGGGACAGUCAACCGAUCUCCACAGACCACUGUCAUACCUCUGAUGAGUGUCCCUGCUAAUUGUCAAAGAGAUUUCAACCUGUUGCUGUUUGAUCCAGAUGGGGAUAUGGUCAGAUGCAGAUACGCAGUACCAACGGAUGAGUGUUACACAUCAAGUGACCUUCCUAAUGACUUCACUCUACGAGAGAACUGCACCUUGUCAUUUUGGGGCAACAGUAAUACCACUGGAACAUAUGUAGUUCAGAUGGUGAUGGAGGAUUUCCCGACUCAGUCCAUCUCUCUCUCCUAUACUGACGGAUCUCAAUCUAACAGGACCUCAAACAAUACACUCUGCAAACUGCCUGUUCAGUUUGCAGUGAGAGUGGACCCCCCGGUGACAUCCUGUAUGGAGGGGCUGUACCUACCCAUGUUCCUGUCUCCAACACCAGCCCAGGGUGCACUGCUGUACGCCUCUGCAGACCAACCCCUGGAAAUCACUGUCAGAGCACAGGCUACCAACUCCACGGUUUCAGAGCUGUUGGUGAGUGGACCUUCCGGUAUCACAGAGAACACCACUGAUCCAGGAGAGUACCUUCUAAGAUGGACGCCCACUGAGGAUGAGGAGGGAGGGUACUAUCCUGUGUGCUUCAUCGCUCAGGGAGUGAACGACAGUUCCACGUACCACUCUGAGCUGCGCUGUGUGAUCGUCAGGGUUGGAAACACAAGCGGAGACGUUGUUGUACUGAGGACAAAAGUGUCCGCUCUGAUCCCACUGACAGAUAAUUACAUCAGAAACAUGGUGUUUCAGCAGCUCCGUGAGGAACUGAUCAGACUAGGGCUGCCAGGGGACUUCACGCUACGCCUGUUAGCCACUCAUGACAUCAGUCCCUGAGGGAGGAACAGGAAAUCAGCUCGACUUUCUUCACUUCUACUUGUCUUUUCUUCCUGGUUCUGAUUCUGCAGAUAGUUCUUUUGAAGAAGGAGUGAUUCCUUAUAAUGACAGAAUACGGUUGAUUUGUAAUAAUCUCCUGUGGGUUGCCAAGAUUAGUUGAAUUAACUGACACUACGUCUUACUGGAUGUUAGUUGAAUGAUUUAAAAGUAAAUGAUUUAUGUCUACAAGAAGAAAUGCAACAUAAAUAUGAUUGGUAAUGUACAGAGGUAGACUGAGGUUCUUUCCUGUUUGGUAAUGUACAGAGGUAGACUGAGGUUCUUUCCUGUUUGGUAAUGUACAGAGGUAGACUGAGGUUCUUUCCUGUUUGGUAAUGUACAGAGGUAGACUGAGGUUCUUUCCUGUUUGGUAAUGUACAGAGGUAGACUGAGGUUCUUUCCUGUUUGGUAAUGUACAGAGGUAGACUGAGGUUCUUUCCUGUUUGGUAAUGUACAGAGGUAGACUGAGGUUCUUUCCUGUUUGGUAAUGUACAGAGGUAGACUGAGGUUCUUUCCUGUUUGGUAAUGUACAGAGGUAGACUGAGGUUCUUUCCUGUUUGGUAAUGUACAAAGGUAGACUGAGGUUCUUUCCUGUAGACAGGUUAUUAAACAUUGGGAGAUAUAAUGUUGUUUUCCUUAAGGUGUGAAUCAUAUAGACUGUGUUUGAUUAGGCUUAGAGGACAAGGCCUUAGGAGGUUGAUAAUGAGACGUUAUAAUGGUAAAAUGUUAUAAUGUUGAAAUGUUUAAAAUAUUGAUGUAUUGAGAUAUAACUUGAGUAAUAAAUUAGGUUGUAGAAAGACUAUAAUUUAGUUAAAGGUAGGAGGGUGAAGGGAAUAGGAAAGUUUCAUGUUUGAAAAAUGUAUGUUUUAAGAAGUUGAUGUUCAUGAAGUAUAUUAAGGGUGCUAGCUUGAUCUGGAAAUCCCCAGGUCAGAGCAGCAAGUAGGUUGAAGCGUACGUUCUGCCUAGGUGGGAAAACGUGGAGGUUAGUGGGGGCUGAAAAAGCACCUUUUGAGAAGAUGGAUGCAUUCAUUAGGUGUUAACCACCGAAGGCAUCAGUGGAGCAGGUGGUCAUCCUGAUGAUUUAUCAGAAGAGGCAUUAAGGGUAUAAAGGAAGCAGGUUUCAUGGGAAGGGAAUGACUCUCUUUGAGUUUGCUAGAAGAACCUGUCGUCUGCUGGAGAAAGACUUUUACUGAAGCUUUUUAACUUCAGAUUCAUUUAGAUUUUUAAUAUACUUGGUUUUUUAUUCUGAAAGUGUUCUAGUACAUUCUAGGAGGAACCCUGAAUGUUACCUCAUUGAUAGGAGUGUUCUAGUACAUUCUAGGAGGAACCCUAAAGGUUACCUCAUUGAUAGGAGUGUUCUAGUACAUUUUAGGAGGAACCCUGAAGGUUACCUCAUUGAUAGAAGUGUUCUAGUACAUUUUAGGAGGAACCCUGAAGGUUACCUCACUGAUAGGAGUGUUCUAGUACAUUCUAGGAGGAACCCUGAAGGUUACCUCAUUGAUAGGAGUGUUCUAGUACAUUCUAGGAGGAACCCUAAAGGUUACCUCAUUGAUAGGAGUGUUCUAGUACAUUCUAGGAGGAACCCUGAAGGUUACCUCAUUGAUAGGAGUGUUCUAGUACAUUCUAGGAGGAGCCCUAAAGGUUACCUCACUGAUAGGAGUGUUCUAGUACAUUCUAGGAGGAACCCUGAAGGUUACCUCACUGAUAGGAGUGUUCUAGUACAUUCUAGGAGGAGCCCUAAAGGUUACCUCACUGAUAGGAGUGUUCUAGUACAUUCUAGGAGGAACCCUAAAGGUUACCUCACUGAUAGGAGUGUUCUAGUACAUUCUAGGAGGAACCCUAAAGGUUACCUCAUUGAUAGAAGUGUUCUAGUACAUUCUAGGAGGAACCCUAAAGGUUACCUCAUUGAUAGGAAUGUUCUAGUACAUUCUAGGAGGAACCCUAAAGGUUACCUCACUGAUAGGAGUGUUCUAGUAGCUGUUAGUUUUUUAGACACCAACUGAGGGACUGAGAAACCUGAAGGGGGAGACAAAAAUCUGUUUAUAAUUUGUAGAAGGUAAGAACUUGUUUUUCUUGUUAUUGAACACUGUGCUUCUCAUAAAAUUGUUAUAGACCAAACAUAUUUUAUUGACACACACUAAUAAGGGUUUAGAUAAGGGUUUAGUUAUGGGCGCUGAAGGCAUCUCUCAAUUUAAUCCAAGUUAUAUUUUUGCUUAUCAUCGAUUGGGGAUAUUGAUUUAUGAUUGAUUGAUUGAUCUGUGAUUUUUAAUGCCUGUUUCUGGAAUUUUGAAUAAACUUGUUUUAUUGUUCUGAAA